AGGACAGAAAAUGAAGAAGCUGUGCCGAAAGCUGACGCUCGCUGUGUCUGCUCUGUUCUGGAUAGCGGCUCUGCUUUAUGUGAUCCUCCUGAACAACCGCAAAAUACCUGAGCAGCUUCAAGACACACACAGAGAGAAUGAGAUAUCAAACACAGAAUGGGAUGAUCUCCUGGAUGAGUUCGAAGAGAAGAGCUACCUUAAUACUCACCGGUGGAAACCAGGACAAGAUCCCUACAGUCAGUAUGCCUUCAAUCAAAGAGAGAGCGAGAGGAUUGCCAGCAACAGAGCGCUUAAAGACACCCGCCAUCAUCGGUGUACGUUACUACACUACGACCCUGAGCUGCCGUCCACCAGCAUCGUGAUCACGCUCCACAACGAGGCACGCUCCACUCUACUGCGCACUCUGAGGAGCGUGUUGAAUCGGACGCCUGUGCAUCUGAUCCAUGAGAUCAUCCUGGUGGACGAUUUCAGCGUGGAUCCCAAUGACUGUCUUCUUCUCACCAAAUUACCGAAAGUCAAGUGUCUUCGCAAUAAACAAAGAGAAGGUUUAAUCAGGUCCAGGGUUCGAGGGGCAGAUGCUGCUGAAGCAGAAGUCCUGACCUUCCUCGAGAGCCACUGUGAGGUCAACAAAGACUGGCUUCCUCCCCUGCUCCAGAGGAUUAAAGAGGACCCGAGCCGUAUCGCCAGCCCGGUGAUCGACGUCAUCAACAUGGACUCGUUCUCCUACGUUGCUGCUUCCUCAAACCUACAGGGUGGUUUUGACUGGAGUCUCCAUUUCAAGUGGGAACAGCUGUCUGCUGAGAAGAGAGCCAAGAGACUCAACCCCACAGAACCCAUUAAGACACCCGUUCUGCCUGGAGGGCUGUUUGUAAUCAACAAAUCCUGGUUCAAUCACCUGGGGAAGUACGACACGGCCAUGGAUAUCUGGGGAGGAGAGAACUUCGAGCUUUCCUUCAGAGCCUGGAUGUGUGGAGGAAGUCUGGAGAUCGUCCCCUGCAGCAGAGUCGGACAUGUUUUCCGCAAGAAACACCCGUACAUCUUCCCAGACGGCAGUGCCAAUACUUAUAUUAAGAACACGAGACGUACCGCUGAGGUCUGGAUGGACGAGUAUAAAAUCUACUAUUUCUCCACUCGACCUGCAGCCAGAGGCAAGUCCUAUGGAGACAUUCGUGGUCGCCAAGAACUGAGGAAGAGCCUGAAGUGCAAAUCCUUCCAGUGGUAUUUGGACAACGUCUAUCCCGAGCUCAAAGCUCCAGAUAAAUCACAAAAAUCUGGAGUCAUCCAGCAGAGACAGAACUGUCUCGAAGCCCAGCGAGCAGAGGGACAGGACGCUCCAGUUCUCACACUCACCCCGUGCAUCAGCACCAAGACGGAAAACCAGGAGUGGAUCUAUACACACGGACAGCAGAUUCGCCAGCAGCACUUCUGCAUGUCUGUCUCUACCCUGCUGCCAGCUGCACAGAUCCUCCUCACGCACUGCAACAUCAGUGACAGCAACCAGCGCUGGCAGAAAGCAGGAACCCACCUGGAGCACCAGGUAUCACACUUCUGUCUGGACAGUGAGAUGGCUCUGGAUGGUGUGGAGAACAGCAGGAUGUUGGUGAUCAGCCCGUGUGAGCUCUCAGUACAAACACAGAGAUGGGAAAUGCCUUUCUCAUGACCCUGAACAUCUCCAGGUCACAGCGUGAGAGAGGCUCCUGUGUGGAACUGCAGGGAAGAAGACACACAUCUGCUGAACCUGCAGUCACCUCCAUUGUCUGUAGCUGAAGAGGAUCCCUGAAGUGUCACAGAACAGAAACGAGCAGAGGGGAAUGUGUUUGAACCCGAUCAAGACCUUUAUAAUAACAAUGGGGAACUAUGAAGUACAGAAAACACACAGACAUGCACACACACCAACACACACAUACCAAACACAUAUCUACACACACACAUAUUCACAAACACACAUUAACAUACACACACAUACACAUACAGACACACACACAUACACACAAACACAUAUACAUACACACACUUACACACACACACAUACAGACACACGCACAUAGACACAAACACAUAUACAUACACACACUUACACACACACAUACAGACACACGCACAUAGACACAAACACAUAUACAUACACACACUUACACACACACACACAUACAGACACACGCACAUAGACACAAACACAUAUACAUACACACACACAUACAGACACACGCACAUAGACACAAACACAUAUACAUACACACACACAUACAGACACACGCACAUAGACACAAACACAUACAUGCACACACUUACACAUAUAUACACACACACACAUAUACACACUCAUACACAUAUAUACACACACACAUAUACACACACCUACACACAUACCAAACACAUAUCUACACACACAUAUUCACAAACACACAUUAACAUACACACACAUACACAUACAGACACACGCACAUACACACUUACACAUAUAUACACACACAUAUACACACACCUACACACACAUACCAAACACAUAUCUACACACAUACACAUACAGACACACGCACAUACACACAAACACAUAUACAUACACACUGUGCCGUGAAUAUCGUUUACUCUUUUCUUUGGUUUUUGCAUAUUUCUUAAACCCAAUUUAUUUAUUCUUUUUUGUUACAUUACAUAAGUAAUUUGUUU